AUGGUCUGGGGCCUCGAGUAUUCUGGUUGUCGGAUGCAGCCUCAAACGAGUAAUAUUUGCUGUUGCCAGACUGAUUCGCUCACCUCAUGUUUGGUCAAUUGUUUGGAGGCCGGCUGGCCCUUACUCGCACCGGAUAGUCCCAAGGGUCUGGCAAAAUGUCUACUUGCCCAUUUUUGGCGUUUCAUAUCCUUCGCUUGUCGAUGUGGGCGUGGAGACAUGCGUAAUGCCCGUUGUCUCUGUCUCGACUCGUCGGUCGAUCACCAACCCUUGGAUCGUAGUGUAACUCCCAUCUCAAAGCAACUUCUUAUCAGCCUCGUGCAUUUAUUGGAUACUAUAGGACAUAUCUACUCAAUCAGUCAGCCGUCCUUUCCUCUUCCUACUUUCCUUGUCCAGAAUCAAAGUUAUCCUUCGCACUUCCCUCGAGCUAAUCUUCUUAUCGAUCACUUGCUCGUGCAUAACCGAUUCAACAACACAUUCUUACAAUCCACUUCAUCUGCACAUGCUUCACUUCAAUUACAAAACGCACUCGCAGCUAGUAUUAACACAACCCGUGAGGGCUCGAACCCUCAGUAUUCGGAUCAGCAUGUUCUCGUGACCAAGCUAAAUGUUCAGAGUGAGCAGAAGAGGAGCAAGUCUGCAUGUGUCUUAGCUGCUAUUGCUUCAAGCCAGAAUGAGGUAAUUAUUAACAAAUCUCCCACUUUUUUCCGGAGUUUCACAUUUGCACUUUUAGUGAUCUAG